UCAUAGGGUCUAUGUCCCCCAGGGUACUGCCGAACGUACCCUGGGUACGGUCCGGUAUACCGAGAACGUACUCUGGUCACGAUUGCCGCACGCUGUCAAUCUAGCGGUAGUAGUGCACGAGGUGGCGAGUAAUAGAGUACUACUAGUAGAAUCUGGGACAUAAUUGCGGCAGAUAAUAAUUAAGGAAUUUCGAGUUUAUGACAUCGUAAAGCGGCUCUUGAAAAUGAUCACCGCCAAAUGUCGUCGUCAGUCUCUGUUGUCUUUACGUCGUGGUAGCUACUUCAACGGUGGAAGAUGCGCAAUUUUGGAAUGAUCAAACUCAAGCUCUCUUAAACAAGUACCUACACACAGAAUAUAACUGCGGCGUUGCUAAGAAUGCUAUAUUAUUCAUCGGCGAUGGCAUGGGCCUCCCGUCACAGUUCGCUGGCCGGAUACUGAAAGGUCAAAUGGAAGGAAAAACAGGAGAGGAGGAGUUUCUGGAGUGGGAAAAAUUGCAGCACACCGGACUUGCAAAGACCUACAAUACAGACUUCCAAGUUUCCGAUUCUGCUGGUACAGCCACAGCCUAUCUAUGUGGCGUUAAAGGGAAAAAAGCGACCAUCGGUGUGGAUGAUACUCUACUAGAAAGAGGACAUUGUCCAUCGGCAGAGGCGGCGUCGGUGCGCUCCAUUGCUGACUGGGCACAGGCUGAAGGUAAAUCCACCGGCCUCGUAACAACCGCCCGCGUAACGCACGCAUCCCCUGCAGGCUUAUACGCCAACGCUCCUGAGCGAAAUUGGGAGGAAGAUUCGGACAACAACAGUGAUUGUAAGGACAUAGCACGCCAGCUAAUAGAAGAUGACCCAGGCAGGAAACUAAACGUGAUAAUGGGAGGUGGUAGGAAUAGAUUGACACCAAAUACGCAAGCAGACGUCGAGGACCCAACGCUACACGGAAAGCGGUCAGAUGAUAGAAACCUGAUCGACGAAUGGACAGAGGGGAUGACUACAAACGGCUUCAACCACGCGUAUGUUUGGAAUGUUACGCAAUUCAACGAUAUUGAUCCGGAAAACACCGAAUAUUUACUCGGUCUUUUUGAUUCCGACCGGAUGCCGUACAUCGUUGAUAGCACACCAGACGAGGCAGAGAAUCCCACGCUCUCAGAGAUGGUCAAAAAAACGAUUGAAAUUUUGCAGAAAAACCCCAACGGAUAUUACCUGUUUGUUGAAAGUUCCAACAUUGAUGCCGCUCACCACGACGGUCGAGCGGUCGCCUCCAUCAACGAGGUGGUCGUCUUGGAUGCUGCUGUGAAGGUCGCGAUAGAUAUGACAGAUAGCAAAGAUACGCUGAUAGUGGUCACUGCAGAUCAUUCCCACUCAAUGACCACGGCCGGAUAUCCAGUUCGUGGCAAUCCCAUAUUUGGUACUGCAAGCGAAGUUUCGGAUGUGGAUGGGAAGCCCUACACAACGCUACUUUACGCUGCUGGUGCUGGUUACGAGCAUUCACCCCGGCGCAACCUAACCGGCGUUGACACAGCUGACCCAAUGCACAAACAGGACGCCGCGAUACCACUUGUAGAGGCGCCACAUAGCGGGGAGGAUGUAGCCGUGUUCGCUAAUGGACCGAUGGCGCAUCUCUUUAGAGGCAACUUUGAGCAGACGUUUAUAGCGCACGCGAUGGCGUACGCCAUGUGUGUGGGAAGCAACAAACAGCACUGUACCGCCGAACCGAUUGGGAUUUGCUCAACUAAAGACUCAGUCGACGACCUAACGACAUCACCCACAGGAACAGCCCUCACUCACAGACUCAGUAACGGAUUAGUGUAUUUAGCCAUUGUAAACAUAUUCAUCGUAUUAAAUCAAUAUAUUUAAUAACAACUUGUGACCAACCCGUAUUGUGGCGCUUCUCAGCCUGUGUGAAGGUUCACUAAUUAGCUAUCAAUAUCAUUGCAUGGUUGACAUCACUAAUAGCUUUAAUACUAAUAGGUUUCAUUUUUUAUUAUUAUUUCAUAUCCUUGGUGUGGUGUUUGAGUAAAGGUUGGUGUUAUAUAUCUUCUUGCUACCAUUGCCGAUGAUGGCGACUCAAUAUUGGUCAGCGCUUGUAAAGAAAAUCGAGUUGAUCUUUCUGUAAUCUGUCUUAUAUUAGCAUUGAUUUGAUUAGUUUCAUUGGCUUUAAGUGCCACGGAUAUUAUAGUUUCAUAUGUGGUAGCAACUAUAACAGAAUACGAAACACAUAUUUUGAUACAAAAACAAAAUGUUUUAUUUAUUUUUUGGUCAUAUUUUCAUAGGAACCGCAUAGGUUGGAAAAACUGUCGACGACAAAUAUCAAUAUAGCAAAGAAUAUAUAUAUAUAUAUAUAUAUAUAUAUAUAUAUAUAUACCAUUUUCGAGAGAAAAUAUCGUUACAUGUGUUUGGCGUAUGACCAGCUAGUUGGCUUGGUCAUGUGUCGCAAAUAGCUAACAGAGUUGGUUUCGUACCACUGCAUUAUGUUUUUUCGUAACAAUAACAGGCGUUAUUAAUAAAACGUUAUCAAACA